UUGAUUGCACUCGCCGUAGAGGGGCGUCCAUGUGAGCAACUUCUUUAUCAUGAGUUUGGCCAAGGAAUCCACAAAGUGGGCAAUAUACAGGCAAUGCAAUCUUUGUUGCAGAUAAAGCAUGUGUUGGUGUAUCAUCGCGGAGGAAAGUGGUAUCUGGAAGACUCAAUGAAAUUUGAUUCUGCUGCUUUACUUUUCGCUUACUACAUGGAGAGACCUUUUGUUCGUAACAAUAUAUCACAUGAUGCCGGUGAAACGCCAAGAAAAAUUAAAGAAAUGCUAAAAGAGGCUCGCAUCAUGCGUGGAUUACGACACCCCAAUAUUGUAUCACUCGUUGGAGUCGUUUUGAUUGAUCACCCUAUUUAUAUCAUUCUGGAACUUAUGCAAGGGGGAGCAUUAGACGCCUACUUGAGGAAGAACCAGAAACGCGUCUCAAGCGAAGAACGUCUUCGAUUUGUAGUGAGCGUUGCGUGGGGAAUGGAAUAUCUACACAGCGUUCCAAUUCUGCACCGAGACCUAGCGGCAAGAAAUUGUUUGUAUGAUGGAAAAACCUACGUGAAAAUUGCGGAUUUUGGGCUGUCAAAGAAGGGGACCACCUACAAGAUGAAAGCAAUUCAAAAGAUGCCAAUAAGAUACAUGGCUCCGGAAAGUCUCCAACAAUAUUUGUUCACGCAAAAGACGGACGUCUACACAUACGGGGUGCUCAUAUAUGAAAUCUAUUCUUGUAUGGAGCCAUACCAUGACGUUCCAGGUUCACGAAAUAAACCACGAUUCUGA